UGUACACUGCACAGCACCUGAAUUUUCAUCCAAGUAUAUUACGUCCAUAGUAAUACUAUAUUAAUCUGUGCCCUGUGACAUUCCCAAUACAUACCAAAUGUCAAAUUUCUGUAAAUUUGUCAAUUUUGAUAUUUGUGGAAAAUAUGGGAGAUGAAAACAAUUCUAAUAAAAAGAAACACGAACAAAGUAAUCCAAAACGUAGACCUAAUAAGAAUUAUGCAUUGAAGAAACGCUUGCCGCUACGGCCCAAGGACGGCGAUAAUGUAAUAUUUGUUACGAAAAAGACUAAUUUUAAGGCUCAGUUAGAUAAAUGUUGUGACCUUUUAUCCAAAGGUGAAAACGAUAUUAUAUUACAUGGUCUCGGAGCUGCUAUACAAAGAUGCUGUAACCUAGCAUUACAACUAGAAACGCUAUUUGCCGGAACAUGUCAAAUUGAAGUUAACACAGGGACUGUAGAUUUAGUAGAUGACCUGGAACCAUUAACAGAUGAACUUGAUUUUGGUGCCCAAGUAAGACAUUCAUCCUCUAUUCACAUUCGUAUAUUUAGAACUGCUAUGCUUGGGGCAAACCAGUGAUCAUGUUUUUUACACUCAGUGAAAUUGUGCAGUGGAUUGGACUCACAGUAUUUGAGAUAUGGAUAAACUUGAUAACAAUUACAAUAUUUUCAGCCCUUUUAGCUUUAAAAAUUGAUGGUAUUGUGAAUAGUGCUUGGUGGACAAUA